CCAUAUUGUUGGUAACUCCGUCCCAUUUCCGGUAACAUGGCGUUGGCGGUCGGACGAAGGCUCGUAACUCGGGGCGGAGCGGCGGCUGUGAGAGGUGGAGGCUGGGGUUGUGUUUGUCGGAAGUCUACAUACGUUGCUCUUCCCAAUGACUAUAACUGUAAAGUUGAACUUGCAUUGACGUCAGAUGGACAGACAAUUGUUUGUUACCACCCAUCGGUGGACAUCCCAUACGAACACACCAAGCCCAUCCUACGACCAUCACCUGUGGAGAAUAAAGAGGAGACUCAUGACCAGGUACUGAAGGCCAGAUUAGACAAAGAAGUGCUGCGAGAUAAACAGGGGCCUACAAUUGACGAACUCAGCAAAAUGUUCUACACAACAAAACACCGCUGGUAUCCAUUUGGGCAGUAUCACAGGCGGAGGAUUAAUCCAAUCCUCCAAAAGACGAUGAAUCAGUUGAAAGACAGUGGGUUUAACCAUGAGCUGAUCUCUGUUACUGGUAUCCUGCUGCAUUCCACUCUAAAAGGAAAGAACACUUGA